AUGCGAUUGGCGGCAGUGGACGACAGCAAGCAAGGCAACGCAGGUGCAGCGACUGGAGGCGGAAUUUCAUGUCCUCAACAAAGCCUUUUCAGCAGGGUCGAUUCGAUUGAUUCGCCUUCAGUACCAAGCGAUGCAUGGCCCUGCGAAGGGCUGGGGGCCCAGAACGAUUCGUCGAUAUGUCACCCUUUGGGCAAAGGGCAAGGUCAGUCUACGACGUUGCGCGAAUUCAUCAGACACGCCGCUUUUCAGCGGUCUUCGGGGCAAGGCGGGACAUGA